GAAAAAGUCAGGAGAAACCCCACCCGAAGGUUCACAGCCAGAGACAAAGAAAGAUUCAUGUUCAAAGGCUCAGCAGAUACCAAGUCUGAAGCAGUUAUGUCUGAGCUGGUACCAGAGCCACGGCAAAAACCAGUAGUGCCAAUGAAACCUGUCAGUAUUAACUCCAACCUACUGGGUUACAUUGGGAUUGAUACUAUCAUAGAGCAAAUGCGGAAGAAGACCAUGAAAACUGGAUUCGACUUCAACAUCAUGGUUGUAGGCCAAAGUGGACUUGGAAAAUCAACACUUGUAAACACCCUAUUCAAAUCCCAAGUAAGCCGCAAGUCUUCAGGCUGGAACCGUGAGGAGAAGAUCCCUAAGACUGUGGAGAUCAAAGCUAUUGGUCAUGUUAUUGAAGAAGGUGGUGUCAAAAUGAAGCUGACAGUUAUUGACACCCCUGGAUUUGGUGACCAGAUCAACAAUGAAAAUUGCUGGGAGCCCAUUGAAAAAUACAUCAAUGAGCAAUAUGAGAAAUUCUUGAAGGAAGAGGUGAACAUUGCCAGAAAGAAACGAAUCCCAGAUACAAGAGUUCACUGUUGCCUCUACUUUAUCUCUCCCACAGGCCACUCUUUGCGACCUUUGGAUAUGGAAUUUAUGAAGCAUUUGAGCAAAGUAGUAAAUAUUAUUCCAGUUAUUGCCAAGGCAGACACCAUGACUCUGGAAGAGAAGAUUGAGUUCAAACAGAGGGUCCGUAAGGAACUAGAAGUCAAUGGAAUUGAAUUUUAUCCCCAGAAAGAGUUUGAUGAAGACCUUGAAGAUAAAACAGAGAAUGACAAAAUCAGGGAAAGUAUGCCAUUUGCGGUGGUGGGCAGUGACAAAGAAUAUCAAGUGAAUGGGAAAAGAGUCCUAGGUAGGAAAACACCUUGGGGAGUCAUUGAAGUGGAAAAUCUCAACCAUUGUGAAUUUGCUCUACUACGAGAUUUUGUCAUUAGGACCCACCUUCAAGACCUAAAAGAAGUCACUCACAACAUCCACUAUGAAACUUACAGGGCGAAACGACUGAAUGACAAUGGGGGACUUCCCCCAGUGACCGUAGAGACAGAAGAAAACCAUGAGAGCAAUUUGUGAAUGACCAGUCUUAUUAUCUAUUGUCUCAGAAGCAUAAUUAUUUCUUUCAUCCUGUUUUUUUAAUUUGAAUUCAGGCCUCUCUUGGAAGCAUGU